CACAGCCAAAACUUUGUGAUCUUUUUUUUGUACCUUGAGAAGUCCUUCAUGGAAAUAUCUUGAAUAUUGGGCGUAGCUGCUGCUCUCAUUUCUCAUUCUGUACAUCCUCACUUCCGCUCUGUGCACCUUCAGAUGGUGGUGUGAGGGCAGGAGGUGAGCAAGAUAUACAAGGAGAGAGGAAGUAGUAUACUCAGGAGUACAGAGUAUAAGUAAAUGAGACUUCCUGUCCACUGUGUGCUUACUGUCAGUAUCACACCCACAGAGGUGAAGGAUCGGCUGUACGCAUAGCUGAGCUCCUGAUUAAUCACUCAGUGCCCUCUGGUGGAACUGUAUUGUAAUUUAUAACAAUGUAUUCAUAUCAAAGCUAUUUCCUAGUUUCCUCUUCAUGAGGUGCAUUUCAUUAUUGCAUUAACAUAUUUCAUGAGAACUUGCAUCUCUGCAGUGCUUGGUCUGGUUCCCCCAGACUGUACAGUCCAGCUAAUGACCUGAAUGACUUUAUUAUAUGAACUUUUUUCUAAAGUGCAUUCUCAGAAAUUUCUCAUAUUUUCAUGCUUUUCUGUGACUUUAACUGCAGAUUUAUGACGCUACCUACGAUUGUCAAAUUUAGCUUUGCUCAUAAGAAUAGAGACUUAAUUACUUUUGAAUGUAAACCAGCAAAUAAUGCUUCUGCCAAACUUUUCUCCAGCGUCUAGUUGAAGUCGUUAUUGUAAGUCAACAUAUUUUCAGCAUAUUUAAAGCGCAGCGCUGUGAUGAAAUUGAAUCUAGUUAAACAGCAGUGAAAAUCUAAACCGGCUCUUUGACCUGGCUUAGAUUUUACAUGCAGUUUGUCCCACUGCUGACACUUCACCCAUGAUUAGAUUAAAGCGUCAUGGUGGAGUGUGAUCAGUCACUUAAUCCAAUUCAUUUUCUCCAACAAGAGUUACUGAUUCAGAAUCUCACUUUAAAUUGUGAUUAGCUAAUAUAUUUUUCAUUUCAUUUCAUUUUUAUAGGAAAAGAUUCAAUAUAUUUAAUCUUCCAUACGCAGUUUUCCCCCUCAUGAUUAUUUCUUACAUGCAGAUUAGAUUCUGUGACAGAAUAGCAUAAAAUGACUUAGUAUUUGACCCUGCAGCUGAAUUACUAAAGAGGUGGAUCUGUAAUAAUUAAUGAUUUUAGAUCCACUUAUUGUGUAACACUACUACUAACGAGUGUUAAAUAUAUAAAUAAAAACACAUGAAAAGUACAGUAAUGCUAAAAUUAAAAAUGCUUCCAUAACAGAAAGGCCGAUUGCGUGUCUCAUUACAUUAGUGAAAGCAGGCGUGGUAGUGGGCCUACGAGUCAGCGCAGAGCCACACGGGAGCAGUAACGAUCUUUACUGACUCGCUCCAGCUGUUGCUCUUUAACAGGUAUGACCGGUGACGUCACUAAGGUGACACCCACCUCUCCUCCUCCUCUCCGGUGUGUUGCAACGCAGCUCCGGCUCAGUUCCCGGUGGAGAUUUUUCUGGUUGGAAAUCUUUCUGUCGCGACCAUGAAGCUUUCCGCCGGCUCUUUCAAACCUUCCUCCCUCUGAGAGGCCCGCAGGACUUUCAGCUUUCCUCGUCUAUUGGACAACAAGGGGAAGAAGUCCAUCUGUCCAAGAUGUCCUCCAGAAGUAAAAAUGACCAGUGCCAAAUAUGUGGCGGAGCUCUCCAGGGAAACCAACGGCGGUGGCUGUUUGGGGGCCAGAAUAAGAAAACUGGUCAGCCUCGGACCCCAACAGGGUCGUUGAGAGGAGGGAGCCGGUCCCAGUCAUCACAGAGCAGCUCCUGGGGCAGCACGUUAUCUCUUGGUUCCUCCGUUUCUCUCUCCAAGUCCCUGAUGUCCGUGAGCUCCCCCUCCAAGAGCGUGGAUCUGCUCACGGUGUUGACCCACAUACUGGGGCAGUCUGUACCACGGGGCGGCGGGCAGGGGGAGUUUGUAUGUGGCAAAUGCGUGUGCCUGCUAGAACGCGUGUUCAAGUUUGACACGGUCAUAGCCAGGGUGAGGGUGCUUUCGUCUGAGCGCCUUCAGAAGCUGACGCAUGAGAGGGACAAAAUCAGACAGUGGGUGCGCCAAAACUACUGCCACAGGCAUCUGCAGGACUUUCAGAGCAGGAGCAGCACCAGCGAGGAGGAAGGAGAGGUGGAGAAGGAAGGCUACAGGGAGAUGCUCAAGGAGAAUAUGGCGCUCUCAGAGUAUGAGUGCUGGUCAGAGAAGUGGGACACGUGUCCGUAUUUUAUCAGAACGGGGAAAAGAUGCAGAAAAGGGAAGGGGUGCGAAGGUUGCGAUUCCUUACGGGUGUCCGACUCUGAUUACGAGUCAGUUUGUGGGGUUCCUCGUCACAUGCCUUUCCAGCCCUUCUCCCCGUUGUCCCAGGAUAGAUCCCAGAGCGUGCCCCUCCACUGGCAGAGGGUGCCAUCCGUCAACUCCAGCCCAGCCUCCCUGGCAGGGUCCAGUCUCUCGUUACGAGCUCCUUCCCACACGGAGUCCAUUCAGUCUCUUGAUUCUCUGGACGGGAAUGACCCCUUUGAUUCAGCAAGUGAUCAGUCAGUCAACUUCAUGCUGAGAGAGCUGAGAAGUAUUGGAGGGAAGCCGGUCAGUUCGCCAUCAGGAAGUAAAAUCCCCGUUCUGGGCAAAAGGGAUGGGAGGUACCUGGGAAAAAUCGAGGAGACUGCAUCACCCACAGUGACCAGGGUGCUGAACUUUAGGGAUGUGGAGAACGGAGGGGAUGAAGAGAAUGGGGAUGUCCUAACAUUGCUGAGGGACGAGUUCAUGCCUCUUCACCGAGAGAAGACUGCUGCUAGAGUUCAUCAUGGUAUCCGGCACCUAAAAGGCCAACUUGACCAAGCUGCAUCCCGCAUCAGGACCCUGGAGGCUGAGCUGAAACAUGGGAGAAGCAAACAAGUGGAAGUCAACGGAUCACAAGACUGGGCCCCUCUGGUCCAGGAGAAGGAGGCUGGCAGCUCCCUGCUGCAGAGCCUCGGCCUCUCCCUGCACAGCCGCGAGCGUCUGAUCCAGGAGUGCACGAGUCUGAUCAGCAGGCUGUGUGUGGAGGAGGGAGCAGGCACUGAGCUGGCCAACAAGCUGACUGAGAACUUGAGAGAGAUUAUCUCUGACAACAAGGCUGCGCUGGAGGCUCUGAGGUCUGAAAUAACUGAAAAAGAGAAGAGCACGGAGAAGGAGAUCGAGGCUCUGAGGAAGGCUGGACGAGACCGAGAGAGAGACUUGGACACCCUCAACACUGUGCUGCAGUGCAACCAGGACAUCAUCAGUGACCUGCGGGUGGCUCUGGGAGAGAAGGAGCAACUGCUGAAGGAGGUGGAGAAAGAGAGGGAAUUGUGGAGGCAGAGAGACGGGGCCCUCACUGCUGUCCUGCAGGAGAAGGAGGCUCUCAUCUGCACCUUCAAAGAGCAACUGGAGAAAGGGAUGGAGGCUCUCUCAGAUUCUGUGACUGGCCAGCAGUCCGGAGGGGGCGGGGCUGAACUGGCAGCUAUGUUGAAGGAUCAAGAGGAAAGCAGCGCCACCUUGUGCCAGGAGGUCACCAAGCUUACAACGACCCUGCAGGAAUACCAGGACAUGGUGCAGAGUCAGCAGGAGAGUCACAGUCGGACGGUGUCCUCCCUGACGGCUCAGCUCAGAGACGCUCGGCAGGAGCUGAGGGAGAAGGAGAAGAAGAAGAAGGAGGCGGACCGAGCGCUGCAGAACGACAGGGAGGACGGAGAGCGGGGCGAGAGGAGACUCAGGGACAGCCUGGAGAAGAGGGACAAACUCAUCGAGCAAAUCCUUUUGGAUGCUGAGGAGCGGGACCAUCUGUUCAGAGAGCUGCAGCAGAACCUGCAGAACAAACGUGAGCCUUUGACGGCCGUCAAACACACACUGUGAUGGAGGAGGGGGAGGAGCCGGGCUGACACACUGCACCGACGCCAUGCAAACUCACUGCACAAAGACGGAGGAGCACUUUGCACUUUCCGCACCUCCUUUCUGCCUCCUGAGCAUAUUUAUCUUGGUGUACAUUAAGUCUAUUUAUAUUUAUCCUCGCAGAUUAAUGAGACUUGAAGGAAAGAAGCUACUUUUCUCUGUGGAGUGAGUGAGGCGGUGUGAUUGUUUUCUGGAAGGGGAAAUGUUUGGUGUGUCCUCUUGUGGCUGGAUGUUUAAUACUUGAUUCAGAUACGAGCAGAUUACUGUAUAAAUGUGAUUUUGAAUGUAACGGGUUUAGGCAGUGAGAUCGUUUCAUGCAGCGGGAACAUUUCUGAAUGGUGUGAUUGUCCUUUAGGACAGGAGCGGGCACAAUAUCGCUUUAAAAGGUGUUUGUUUUUUUCGGGGGGGGGGCUAAUUAUAAUCUUUAAAACUCUUUAUGGUGGCGUCUUGUAUUCAUCUUUUUCCUUAGUACAGAACUGCCUAGUUGCUGUUUACAGUGCUGAUGUCACGCUUUAAGUGGAAACGUGCAACCAAAGAAAUGUUUUUAACGGUUUUAAUUUUCCAUUUUUCUUUGUCUCGCUUUCUAUUUUUCUGGAAUUAUUUUCAACCAUCUUUAAUGUUUACGUGUCUUGUAUUGUUGGUCAGGAACUGAGACAUUUUUUUCCCCCAUUUUUUGCCUUUUAGCUCAAGAGGAUUAAAAACUCUGAUCCAAAUAA